AUGCCAUUCGGUCUUAAGAAUGCGCCCGCAACCUUUCAACGGCUGAUGGACAAUGUACUAUCAGGCCUUCAAGGCAACGAAUUAUUCGUUUAUAUGGACGACAUUGUUAUUUACGCUAAUUCCUUGCAUGAACACGAAAUCAAAUUCAAUAAACUAAUGAAUAGAUUACAAAAGGCAAAUUUGAAACUACAACCUGACAAAUGCGAAUUUCUACGCCGAGAGGUAGCAUACUUAGGCCACAUAAUAGGAUCCGACGGUGUUCGACCGGAUCCGGAAAAGAUAAAAUCUAUAAAAGAAUUCCCUACCCCGCGCACUCAAAAGCAAAUUAAGCAAUUUCUCGGAUUGGCCGGAUACUAUCGACGAUUUAUACCUGAUUUCUCGAAAACUGCUAAACCUUUAACGGAUUUAUUGAAGAAAGAUAAGGAAUAUAUAUGGCGCCCAAUUCAACAACACGCGUUCAACAUCCUUCGAGAAUCCUUGUGCUCGCAUCCUAUACUCCAAUAUCCAGAUUUCACAAAACCUUUUAAUCUUACAACUGAUGCGUCUGGCUAUGCCAUCGGAGGCGUUCUUAGUCAAGGUCCUAUCGGACAGGAUCUUCCUAUUGCUUACACUUCACGCGUCUUGAACCCCGCGGAACAAAAUUAUUCUACCAUUGAAAAGGAAUGUUUAGCCAUCGUAUACUGUGUUCAAUAUUUCAGACCCUAUUUGUAUGGGCAAAAAUUUAAGAUAAUCACCGACCAUAAACCACUUAUGUGGCUUCAGUCGAUAAAAGAUCCUUCAUCCAGAUUAUGGAAGUGGAAAACGAAACUCGCUGAAUAUGAAUAUGAAAUACAGUACAAAAAAGGGACUUUGAACAGCAAUGCUGAUGCCCUUUCACGAAAUCCUAUUGUUACCACUCUACCCUUGAAUUUUAACAACGAAGACUCCAAUGAAUCACUUUUUACAUUUCCCCCGGAGCAACAAAAUCCUAAUACUAAUGAGAGUGUACAUCCUUCAUCAUCCCGAGACACACCUGACCCUGUACCGGUUAUAGAACCACCCAGGGUACACACUCCUGUUAUACUACAAAAUACCCACGUCAUACCAGAAAUCGACACUGACGACGAAUCUUUAUUAUCGGACCAUCUGGACGACAGCUCUGACUCUAGCGAAGAAAUAUUUGAUGCCCUCUCCAUACCCGCCGAAAUAGGCGACAUCGUAAGAAAUCCUACCCUAUUAAAAGUUAAACUCACUCGAGACUCCCUGAUGUCACAAAAGGACAAUCACGUAGUGUUUAUAAAAGGUGACGGUACACCUUUCGAUAAUGGUUCAAACGAGUACGAGAAAACAAACAAACUGCCAAGCUAUACCAAUAUUAUCCUUGAAAGAGCUAAAGUAAACUCUAUAGGGAAAAAUGUUCUCAUAUCUUUACCAGUAAAGCUAGAUGACAGAAUAAUGAUAGAGCACGAGAACAUAAAGAAUUGUAUAAAAUCUCUUGUAGAUGUAGUAAACGAAAUGCAACUAAAAUCUUUUUCUAUCAGACGAACACAUUAUUUAGACGCGAUCCCUUGGGAUUAUGUGCAACGACAAAUUUUGAAACACUUUGAAGAUACAUCCUUGCGAAUUACAAUAUGCGAAGGAGUAAUACAGACACCCAAGUUAGAAGAUAGGGAAAAUUUAAUUCUGGAAAAUCACGCGAGCGCUUUAGGCGGACACAAAGGUGUCACCAAGACUUACAACAGGCUACGAAUGUCAUACUAUUGGAAUACGAUGAAAAGGGACGUACAAGCUUUUAUUCAACAAUGUCGUACAUGCCAACUUAAGAAACUUACCCGCGUAAAGAUCAAGCAACCUAUGGUCAUCACCGACACUCCCGGUGCUGCCUUUGACAAAAUUUCCAUGGACAUUAUGGGUCCUUUGCCUAUUACUGAUACGGGAAAUUCUUAUAUCCUUACUAUCCAAGACCUCCUCACUAAAUACUCUCUUGCCAUACCUCUUGCUGAAACUACAUCACUUACAAUAGCUGACGCGUUUGUCAAACAUUUCAUUUGUAUUUACGGAGCGCCGCGAGCUCUUCUAACCGAUCAAGGUUCCAAUUUCUUAACUUCCCUAAUGAAAAAUAUUGCCAGAAAAUUUGGGAUACAACAAUACAAAACAACCGCCUAUCAUCCACAAUCCAACGGAUCAAUUGAACGAUCGCAUCAUGUGCUAAUGGAAUAUCUCAAAACGCAAAUCACUCGCGACACCAACUGGGAUGAACACUUACAUUUAGCAAUGUUUUCAUAUAAUACAAGUAUCCACGAAAGAUGCAUUGGAUACGAGAUAAACCUAGGUGCGCCUCAGAAAGCACCAAGGAACCACAGCAGUUACCCAACCUCCGCAUACCUGUGUGCCUUAGGGCAAAAGGAUAUUCUAACUCCCUCCUCAACAUCAUACUAUGCUCAUCCUGCUAUUACACCGCCAAUCCUACUGUCAAUGACGAUUAUUACACAUUUGCUAUUCUACACGCUUUUGUUGAUGGACAAGAAUAUGAACUCGAAAUAUGUCACAUGUGCUUUGCCCCCAUAA